AUUGCUGUCAUGGCGGAGCCAGAGAAAGGUGUUCGUGACUUCAAUUCUGAACGAGUUUUAUCGUUGUUUAUGAGCUGUAAAUCUGACAACGAAGACCUAUCAAUAAAAUAUUAUACAGAUGCAUACGAAGAGCUCUGCAAAUUGUUUCCUCUGCUUGGGACGGUAUUUUCCUUUGUGACAUCUGAUGUUGUGGAGAAAAUUAAAAUCUUGCAAGACUACAUCAAGAGCUCUGAAGGUGAGCACUAUCAGACUAUACAAGCCAUGGUGAACUAUGAAGUCAAGAACAAUCUCACUAUACAAAAGAAGAAAGCUUCAGGAUGUCGCACUCUGCUUAGACUUCACCGUGCCCUGGAAUUCAUCUCUGCUCUUCUAGCCAGAAUCAGAGAUACAGACAACACUUGCAAAUUCUCAACAGAGGCCACAAUUGUGUAUGACAAAACUCUAGGAAUUUUUCAUCCCUGGCUAGUGCGAAAAGCAGUGCAUGUAGCAAUGUAUACCUUGCCUACACGCCACCAACUAUUACUUAAGAUGGGAGUUGAGGACACACCAGAAGGCAUGAAAAAAAUGAACUCCCUGAUAAAGCAGCUUGAUCAUGUAUAUGAAAUAACACAAAAUGUGUAUGCCUCAAACAAUCUAUUAGAUUUACCUUAGAAUUUAUUGUAUGAGACAUAUAGUAACAGCCCAAAAAAUCGCAAUAUGACAUGAAAACUGCACAAUGUACCUUAAAACUACCCACUUUUAUUGUUAGUGGCUAAAACACAUAUGCACAAAUGUUGUCUGAUUCUUUCACUCAGUACAUUUUUCCAGUCUUGAGACAUUUUCUGUGAUAUUUUCAUUUUCAUAGUAGAGUUAAAUACUGAAGUCUUUUUACAAGCUUCAUGCUUUUUAUGUGUUGUGAAUACUAAAAAUCAUAAUUACAGAAUUCUCAGUGUUAUGCAGUCUAUUUGUAUGUGUGAUGCAAGUAAUUAACCCUCCAAAAGCAGACUAUUUUCUACAGCUGUACACUUCUUUUUAUUUCCCUUUUCUUAUUUUAUAUGAUAGAUAAGAACUCAUCUAGAAUUGAUGAAAUAUAUUUGUACACAAAUUUCUCUUCUCCAUACUAACAUUAAAAAAUUCCAUAUGCUUUUUGUUCUUGUUUGGAAAUUACAUUUGUAGUUUGUUGCUUCAAGAUGUGUGUGAUGGACAAAUAGUUGGGUCCUGACUAAUUUAUAGAACAAUCUUUUAUGAAAAGAGAAAAAGCUGUGUACUCACUAGAUACUGAGGUGUAAUUAAUCAUGUCCAUAAUAGUAGAAUCUGGAUUAAAAGAAGUCAAAUAAAAAGUAUACAAAAGAAGAAUACUGGGUUAUCCUAUUUGGUGGUCUGCAUGGUUUUUUUUUUUUUUUUUUUCAAAGUAACAAGUUCUUAUGGACCUCAUUCAUGCAAGCACCAUCUUGAAACCAGCAUGAAGCCUAAUUGGCCAGUGUAGUGGCUGCUGAAACAUUAUAUAUUGAAGGUCCAUAAUUUGGAAUUCACUUCCCAUUCCCACAUUUAUGAUGAAAAAAGAACUAAGACUUAAAAUAACUCACUUCACUCUUACUAAAUUUUUGCUUUGCAUGCAAGUUUUGUUCAUGAUAAUACAUUUGUGUGACACAAUUUUGGCAUUUAUUAAAUAAUGCUCAUAGAUAUUUUUUAAAAUGAUGUGAUCAUGCAAAUCAUUCUUUUUCAACUGGGUGACAUAACAUUAUCAGACAAAAAUGAGGGCAAUUCUGAUUAUUUUUCUAUGCACUUGUAACAUAUAGUACAGAUUCUGUCACUGACAAAUAAUUUACUUUGCAUUGUAUACUUGUGUAUGUUUGGUUUAGUGUGUACAUCCAUGUGUAUAAAUUAUAUUGCAUCGUGUAUACACAUCUCUUGCAUCUGUGUGUCACCAACCUGUAUAAUUUGCUUAGCCUUGUGUGAAUAUAUUGCAUGGUGUGUAGAUUCAUAUUUCUUAUGUUUAUGAUUUUGAAUUUUCUUUAAUAUAAUUUCUUAUCGUAUCUGA